AUGAACGAUGCUACAUGCGAGGAACCGUACAGGCAUACCUUUGUAGAUGCGCCUCAGAAGUCAAGCAAAAGAACAGAAACCGUCGAUAUAUUCGAUAGAGGCGGCACUCGUCACGAGGCAGUUGUUCCGUUUGGACAUGCAUACACCCCGUUGCCAACGGUGUUUCAGAAGCCGUCUUCAAAAACAUAUCUCUUUGAGCUUGACGACUUCCAGAAGAUAUCUGUGUGCAGCCUGGAAAGAGACGAAAGCGUUCUUGUAAGUGCACACACAAGCUCCGGAAAGACCGUUGUUGCUGAGUAUGCAAUUGCAAUGUCGCUCAAGAGCAAGCAGCGUGUUGUAUACACAUCACCAAUCAAGGCACUGUCAAACCAGAAGUACAGAGAGCUUCUUUCUGAGUUCCAUGACGUGGGCCUUAUGACCGGAGACGUCACAAUCAACCCGACUGCAUCCUGCCUUGUGAUGACAACGGAGAUUCUCCGCAACAUGCUGUACAGGGGAGGCGAGGUUGUUAGGGAGAUCCACUGGAUAAUCUUCGACGAGAUCCAUUACAUGCGUGACAAGGAGCGUGGCGUGGUGUGGGAGGAGACAAUCAUAUUGCUUCCAAAGCACAUCAGGAUGGUCUUUCUCAGCGCCACCAUUCCAAAUGCAUUGGAGUUUGCAGAGUGGAUAAGCUUCAUCCAGAGCCAGGUGGUUCAUGUUGUGUACACAGAAAAGCGUGUGACUCCGUUGGUGCAUUAUUUCAAGUCUGAUAAGCUGUACAAGAUAAAAGACACGAAGUUCCAUAGAUCAAACUUUCUUGCAGCAAUGCGCUCAACAAGAAAACGAAAUAUCGGAUACAGAGACGUCAACAAUGCAGUCAAGGAUGCAUCGCUUCCCGUGGUUGUUUUUUCAUUCAGAAGAAAGGAUUGCGAGCGCUUUGCCACACAACUCGAUGGAGACUAUCUGUCAGACGAGGAGGCAAAGAUGGUCAGGAUGAUCUUUACAAAUGCAAUUGUGUCACUGCGCAAGGAGGACAGGGAGAUCCCGAUUAUUCAGAACAUCCUGCCUCUUCUUGCAAGGGGCAUUGGAAUCCACCAUUCAGGGCUUCUUCCAAUCAUCAAGGAGGUUGUUGAGAUACUCUUCCAGGAGGGCCUUCUGAAGGUUUUGUUUGCAACAGAGACAUUUUCGAUUGGACUGAACAUGCCUGCAAAGUCUGUUGUGUUUACAGCAUUGAAGAAGUAUGAUGGCGAGCGAACCAGGCUGAUAAAUCCUGGAGAAUACAUUCAGAUGAGCGGCAGAGCAGGAAGGCGAGGGCUCGACACCAUGGGCAUUGUGAUUUGCAUCAUGUCGGAGCCCAUCACGCAGAGAGAGGUUGACAAGCUGCUUUCGCCAUCAUCGGAGAACCUUAUGAGUGCGUUCAGGCUGACAUAUAACAUGAUUUUGAAUCUGAUGAGGGUUGAGGACCUUAAUCCGUUGUAUUUGAUCAGCAGAAGCUUUUUCCAUUUCCAGGCAUACAAAAAGUCUUUGGAAAAGGAGGCACAGGUCUUUGAGAUGUACGAGCAGCUGGAGCAGAUCGAGCCGAAUGAUGUUGCCAGGAUGUACAUUGAAAGGGAAAUGGUGAGAGUUGAGCGAAACAGAAAACUACAGCCAAGGAUUGAAGAAUACCUGAAGAAGGGAAGAGUGGUUGAUCUGUUUAUCCCCAGAAAUGGGCCAUCAUUGAUUAUCCGCAAUGCAAUUGUAUCAAAGGUUAAGGAAUGUGUGUGGUGCAUUGUCAACACGGACAAUGGUGUGUAUAUGUGCAGCUAUCCGUUGCAUUAUGUGGAUUGUGUGUACAACAGCAGAGUGAAAGUUGACUUGAAGGUGUUUUCGAGGAAGUUUCAGAAGAUUGUGGUUGAGGACGAUUUGAACAAGAGCAUAGCAGACAUCGAGGCAAAGAUUGCUGAAAAGUGCCCGGAUAAUAAUAGAACAAUACCUGGGAUAUCUGAAUGCUCAAGACCGUCUGUGUGCAAAGAAGAGUGUUCAUGCAAUGAAAGCGUAUUUGAACAGGGCACUGGAGACCAGAUAUGCACAACACUCGAAGUGGGAUCUGUAGCCGAGUGCAAACGAUACUUUGUAAACGAAGUGUCAAAAAGAAAAUACCUUAGCAAAGUGUCUGAGCUAAAUGAGCUGUAUGAAGUUUACCACAUGAAAGAAUGCAUGAAAAUGAUUGAGGUUUUGAAGAAGCUUGAAUAUUGCGAUGACACAACAGUGCUGAUCAAAGGAAAGAUGGCAUGCGAGAUUUCUUCUGGAGAUGAGCUUGUGCUUACAGAGAUGAUCCUGAACGGUGAUUUUGCAGGGCUUCCUGCUGAGCACUUUGUUCCACUGCUAUCUUGUAUUGUGUUUGAGGAGUGGGAUUCGGAUAACUUCGUGCUCAGCGAUGAAAACAAGCAGUACUACAAGCUUUUGAGCGACUCGGUCGAAAAGGUAUGCAAGGUGCUGAAGUCCUGUUCGAUAGAUGCUGAUCCUGCAAUGUAUCUAAAGAGGUUUUCUUACGAGCUGAUGGAUGUUGUGAGGAUGUGGGUGUGUGGACACACAUUUACAAGCAUAUGCAACAGCACAAGCAUCUUUGAGGGAAGCAUAAUCCGAACAUUCCGAAGACUGGAAGAGCUGUUUAGGCAGCUUGGUUGUGCUGCAAGAGUAAUAGGAAACACAGAGCUAGAAAGUAUGUUUGAGCUGGGAAUCACCAAGAUUAAAAGAGACAUAAUCUUUGCAAACUCACUCUACAUAUAA